UUACAUAUUUAUGCCUUACUGAUAAUUACUUCAGCUUUACGAAAUAAAAUGAGCCUUUUCUUGCGAUUAGUGAUGAUGUAUUUUUACUUUGAUUAAAUACUCCUCACCUAAAUCGCAGUACAGAGUCGAUGUCCUCGUGAUGUUUUUGACAGCGUCCUGUUUUAGUCGGUGAUUUGUGAUUAAUGUUCCAACUCUACACAGUGUUUUGAAAAUUCAUCAGAAAGCCAUCCGUGCCACGACUGCAGUCAUCAAAACAGUGUAGAACAGUAGAGUUCAGCAAUGGGCGAGAUAUCCUCCACCGGAUUUAAGUACCUCUCCCUACACAAAAAACUGGAAAUAGAGCUAGAAAAGAAUAUCAAAAAGAUAGACCGCCAAGUCAUGCGGCGCCGGCAGUCAUUGUUUGUGGAGACGGAAAACGCACGGCGGGACGUGCAUGAGAUGUUCAAGGCCGCGCAAGACAUAGACAAUAUAUUUGGACCGGAAUUCACAGAUAAUGUGGCCAAAAAAGUGUUUCCGUCGAAACGACAGCGUUCCAUUCAUUCAAACGAAGACGAUGGAGUGGUCAAAACUACUUCAUACAUAUUGACUCAAGCACGUAACGCCAUGAAGGAACUCAAAAAGCGCAAGAAGAGAGAAAAGAUGCAACAGAACAGGAGGAAUCACAUACGGAAGAAAACCUUCACGAAGAGGUUGUCCAAAGUUGAGCAAGAUAACGAUAAAGAUCUGAAAAUGAUGCUUGAUUCGAUCCAAAAUUUAACACUUUUAGGGAAUAAUUCAGACAAAGGUCACAUUUCUCUACCCCAGAUCAAAGUUUCUGAUUCAGAGGAAGGCCAAAACGAUACAGGCGACAAACAACCUCGUCUUGGUGCGUCGAAAUCCAAGUUGUCAUCCCAACGGUGGAAAGAUCUGAAGAUGAUCAGGGAAUUUUCCUUGCCAGUUAUAAACAAGGACACCGUGAACAGUGCACCUCGCUGUACGAUGAACGAUGAUGUCGAAAAAGAACCAAAUGAAAGACAUUCUGCAAAAGAGCGACCGAAAAUGCCGCCCAGGAAUAGUUUCGAUCUUUCUACUUUACCAGCAAUCUCACUUGCAAAGCAGACGAUAGAGCUUCCACCAAAAUCAGCGCAAACCGAAGACAACAGGAAGUGUAAAGACAGUGAACAGAAAGACUCCAGUUUCACGAUUAGUAAAUAUUUGUCUGAGGUGCACGAGAACUUACCCAAAGAAACACUCCUAGAGAUAGAGAGAAUGAUGAAAGAGGAGUCGUUCUUUUUUAACUGUGAUGACAUGAUCCAUAAUUAGUCUGAUUUAUAUUCAUUCUGUUGUU